UAAAUGUUUGUUUACAUUAGAUGUAUAUUUUAUUAAUAUUAGCUAAUAUCAGAAGCUGCAUCCACGCCGCAAUAAAUAGUUGACAUCGACCCAUAGAAAAAAGGUCCAUAGUGGUCAAUGAAAAAGAACGGGGAUUAAAUAAAGGGAAAGGGAAAGAAUAAAGCAAAGGUCACUCUCUUUCACUAAAAGAAUUUAGUUAGAGUACAAGUUAAACAUGGAUAUUGUACAAAAAAUUUUACUAACUCUACUUGGAGGGUUUGUUAUAAUUCUUAUAGUUUUCUAUCUUCAAAAUAAUAGUCCAAAAUCAACAUUAAAUAAAUCACCAUAUAAUCAACCAACAUUUCUUAUUUUAGGAGCUAAUAAUAGUGGAAAAACUUCAGUAUUUUAUAAAUUGCUUGACGCUUCAAAUAAUAGAUAUGAAGAUGAACCUAUUACAAAUACAUCAAUUACACCUACAGUAUCAAGUUUAGAAAUGAAUGUUAAAAUUAUUGAAUUACCAUUUUCAAAUACAGCCAUUACCAAGAAAUAUCAAUUAAUUGAUUAUCCUGGUCAUAGAAAGUAUCACCAAUUAUUAUAUAAAUUAAUAACUAAUGAUAUCACUUUACAAAAGAUUCGAGGAAUUGUUUAUGUCAUUGAUACUUCAAGUAUUUCUUUAGGUAAUAGUGAAACAAUCGAAGGAAUUGGUAAAUUUCUUUAUGAAAUCUUAUCUUUUACUGAAAGGAUGCAUAAUGGAAUUGAUUUCUUAUUUGCAUUAAACAAGAGUGAUUUAUUUGAUAGUGUUCCAUUACAUAAAGUUCGUACUAUGUUAGAGGCUGAAUUAAAUAAAUUAAUUGCCAAUGAAUUAAGUUCAAUUAAUAAGACAUCUGGAAUUGAUAAACAAGACGAUGAAAAUCAAGAAGAUGAAGACAACUCAAUUCGUGGUAAUCAAGAAUCUUUACGUGAAUUCUGGUUAAGUGUCAUUGGAUCAUCAGAAAAUAAUUUCUCAUUCGAUAAGUUAGAAGGAAAUAUGGACUUUAUUUCAGGAUCUGUUGUUAAAAAUAAAGUUGAAGGUUGGGAGAAUUGGUUUGACGAGAAAGCAGUUAAUAAUUAAUCAUUCAGUUAAAUAUUGUAAAUAGUAUAAA